AUGGCCGACGACGAAUUCGAAAUCGACAUUUACGGCGAUGCACCCCAGGAGAACCAGGAGGGACAUCAUGAGUACGAGGGAGGCCAGCAGCAACAACAAGAGCAUGACCACCGAGAAGACCACGAUGACAGUGGACAGCAUGAGCACAAGGAGGAAUCCGAACAGUACAACGAUCAGUCGUCGUCUGCCCCGCAACAAGGCACCAAGCGUAAGGGGGACGACAGAGCGGUAGACCCUGGCGCUACCAACGCCAUUACCAUCUCGGAUCUGAACUGGUGGAACACGGACGACGAGAUUCGCGGCUGGUCACGCCGGGCGCAUUGCGAAGACGAGCUCAAGGACAUAACGUUUAGUGAACACAAAGUCAAUGGCAAGAGCAAGGGCCAAGUCUAUAUCGAGUUUGCUUCCCAACAAGCUGCGACCGCCACGAAGCACCUCGUCGACAAACUCGAGGGCAAUACACCCGGCCAAAAGCGCUACAAUGUCGCCUACUCGAACCCGAACGUGAACCCCUUCCGCACGCUACCCAAAGACACAUCCAACAGGCAACCAAAGGAAGGCCAAGGGUCUCGGGCCACAGGCACCUUUAACAACGACAACAGUGCCAACAUGGGUGGCAACUUCCGCGGCAAUUACAGGGGACGUGGCGGCGGUGGUGGUUUUGUGCCCCGUGGCGGCAUGAACCAGAACAACUACAACCGCAACUUUGUCGGCGGUAUGGGUGGAUAUAACCAGAACAACAACAUGGGCGGCUUCAACAAUGGCGGCAUGGGCGGCGUCGGCUUCAACAACAACAUGGGCGGCUUCAACCGGGGCGGCUUCGGCGGCGGCAUGCGUGGAGGGCCCGGCGGUAUGCGAGGCGGCCGUGGUGGCAUGAAUCAGAUGGGAGGUAUGCCCAUGGGCCCAAUGGGCGGAAUGCCAAUGGGCGGAAUGGGCAACCCCAUGGGCAUGAUGGGUGGAGGCAUGCAGGGUUUCCAAGGAAUGCCGCAGCAAUUCAACCCCGGCUUUUUCGGUGGCGGAGGGGGCGGUCAGGGAGGUGGCGACUGGGGAAAUCCCCAUGGUGCCAAGAGACCUCGUCCAGAAUAA